CUUAACAGUAUCGCAAACAGUUUCGAAAAUAGUAAAUAAUUACCAUAACGUGUACCUAUACCUAUAUUCGUAUAAUAGUUUCUUUUUUUGUUUAAAAAUCUCUCGUUUCAUAUGAUCAAGUAUCCCGUCGUUUCUUUCGGUACAAUGAAUCUCGUUUAUCAGCUGAGUAUACUUUUUCUGUUCGUUUUACGAAUCAAAGGCGAUGAUUUUGAUUAUUGCUAUGCCCAAGACAAAACUCCGUACGAAUUAUUCUCCACGUGGACCAAUUACGAUGCUGUGAAAGGAUGGCCAAAUCGCGAAAUAGGAUUAGACUGUGAACCAAGAUAUAUAUGGGGACUGGUAAAAUCCGGAAUUAAAAGCUUCACGGAUGAAGAAAUUUCAAGAAGUGAAAGUCUAUGGAAAAUCAAAUGGGAUGUUGAACAAAACGACAAAGACGGACGUGUUGCAUUAUGCUGGGAGGAUUAUCAAAAUAUACAUUCGUCUCGUUCGAGAUUUAGCUUGGAUAGAAAAAAUAACGAAGAUCUUGCAAAAUCAGCCUACGGUAAGCUCGGAAUUUAUGCUGCAAAUGUGGACAAUGCUUACGAAACAUCAAAAACAUUCAGAAAUAAGGAUGAAUUUGAGUUCCAGAUAAGUAAAGUUAAAGGAGCUAACGACAGCGCAAUUAUAUUUUCCAAUCAGUUAUUAAAAACUAGUUUUAAAAAUUUGGAAGGAAAUGGCAUUAUAGAAAAUGAUCUACAUACUAUUGCGAUCAAGAAAAGAUUGUGCCAAGUGGGGAGCUAAUAAUAAAGAAUCGGAUGAAUUCAUUUCGUCGCCUGUUUUUCAAUUAUUGCGUUCAAGAAUCAGUUACAGAUUAGGAUUCACUUAUCCUAUAUCGACUGAAAACGUAACAGCCUUGUACGAAUCGUGUGUGUUUUGGAACAACCUUCCAGCUAUUUGGAAACCUCAAUUUUGCGCAGCGUUUACACCAGAUGAUUUAAGAAUUAUGGAAUAUUAUUUAGAUUUGAAACACUUUUAUGAAUUCGGAUAUGGAAAUCCUUUGAGCCAGAAAAUGGGCUGCCCUCUCGUCAAAGAUAUGAUGAACAAACUCAGCAACGCUGCCAAAGGUACCUUUGGAAAAAAAGGAACGUUCUAUUUCGCCGAUGAAGAAAACUUUAUGGGAUUCAUCACAAAAAUGGGAUUAUUCCGCGAUGAAAAACCACCCAAACAUGAUAAUUACAAUUUGCAAAAACAAAACCGAAAAUGGAGAUCUUCUCUAUUGAGUCCAUCUAUUGCUACGACACACGUAAUUCUUUUCAAUUGCAAAAAUGUCGAAACGAGAGUAGAAUUUUACAUUAAUGAGAAGCUAAUUAAAUUGGAUGCUUGCAAAAGUACGUCGGGUAAUAAAUGCCCUCUGAAUACUUUCCUAAAGGAAGUAGAGAACAAUUUUAAAGGAGAAUGUGAAGAAGGUUACUGCGGUAGUUUCCCAAAAUCUGCGAGCAGUAUGACGAGUUGUAGUUUAGCUGUUGUGAUUUCGUGCUACCUUUUCAGUAAAUUGCGACUUGUUUAAAAACUAGGCUGUAAUAUUUGUUUUUUUCUUUUUUUAUAUUUUUAUGUAUUAAUUAUUUGUUUGUAAUUUUUCGUAUAAAAAUAAAACUUCCUGCAUUUUA